AUGUCUGGGUUGCGCAUCACACGCUGUUUGUCUUUCCUCCCACGCUCACCAGCCGCAUCUCGUCUCUACACCACUGCGACUUCAGUCCGGCCUCAGGAUGCAAACGGCCAGCCCACUGCCAGCGCAUCCACAGAAGCUAGCUCUUCGUCUGAGCAACCCGUUCCGGAGUCGACGGGUGCAAAGAAACCGCGGAAACGCAAGGCCAAGGCGCCCAAGAAGCAGCCCGAGCCGAUAGUGGAGCCGAGCGGGCCUGUGCUAGACGAGCUACUACAGGACUUGCAACAGCAGCAGAGGAGUGGAACGGUCACGCUCGAGGACGUGGACCGUUACAAGCCCACCUACAUUCCCUUGGAGGAUCAGCCAACAUACAAACAGGAGUAUGAGCCUGUCAUGGAUCUGAUAUCGUCGAGGUUCUCUAAGAACCAGCUGCAAAAUCUUGUCAUACAGUCUGGAUUGCGGCCCCCAGCACACACUAAAGCUGGCUACGUGAGCGCAAUAUUGGAUCAACGAUGGGGGAUGCCGCCUCCCGAGGACGUGCAGGAGAGGUUGGAUCAUCGGAGAGUAGUGGUGAACACUCUCGUCGAGAUGGACCACGCACUCUUGUUUCAUGUAAUUGGGAAAGAUGGAAAACGAUUGUUUGACAUAUCCCGUGAAUAUGCUGUCCGCGCCCAUUUCAGCUCGCAGCCUGUUGGCAUAUCUUUCUCUGGCUCUCAGCAGUCCAUUCAGGCUGUGCGACAGAGCAUAUGGGAUAUCAAGAAGACCCUUAUCAAAGAAUCAUUCGUGACGCCCCAUCGACGGCCCAUUCCAGAACACCUCGUGCAGCAACUUUCACGACUCGCAGAUGCAUUUGUGAGGAACGAUGGCAAUUCAGGCCGAAUACACGUAGUCGCCCGUGCACCUGAAGCUAUACAAAGAGUGAAAUACCUAGCCGCUCAGGUGACGUCCGACUUUGGGGUGUCUCGCUUAUUCGUCUUGCAAGCUUCGAUCGAUGCGCCCCAGGAACUCCCAUCGACACUGAAGAGUGCAUAUACACUUAUGCCAUUCACCUCACGGCUUCUGCCAUGGACUCUUCAGCCGGAGCUUCUACGCUUUCGCCGAGUUGGCGAUUGGCUAGGGCUCGCCUUGCAAGAUGAUACGGCAGGUGCGAAUGGAUUGGCUGGCAGCAAGCGCAUCAUCCGGACAAUUAAUGACGGGACGACGAAACCACUUCGUGACGCUAUUUUGUCACAUUUUCCGUCCUAUAGCAAGAAGGUAUACAAUCAUCGCUCGAUUGUGGCAAUUCCGGGUCACAUCGUCUUUUCAGCGUCUUCCCCUGGGCAGAAUGGCGGGUUCUCUAUGUCAUCAUUCGCAGAAGAUGUCCAGAGGAAUCCUGUCGAGGUCAUAGGCCAGCCGACUCGGGACCUCAUGGAGGAUGGACACCACUUCCUGUCCAGUAUGCCCCCCGAACUCGCCGACGCCCGCCCGUCGCCGCCCCACCGGCUCAAACGGUUACUCUACUUGGAGACUGGCUCUGACCCAUCUGCCGUCAAGGACUGGGAUUCGUAUUCGCGCGCGACAUCCUAUAUUGAGCUUGAGAUUCCUCUUGGGGAAUCGAGCGGCUCAGUGACAUGCAAAUCCGGCAUGACGAUGACCACGGAUCUCCUGCAACCCGAACGUUUCAUGGACGUGCGCUUUAUCGCCCGCGACUAUAACUUCCUCGGGGACGAUGAGCGCCCUCCGGAACUUGUCGAGUACCUGACCAGGCCCAUCAACCCGCCUCUGCAUUUCACAUGGCGUGGAAAGUCAUACGUGUUGGCGAGGCGAGAGAACGUUGACGAAAUGACCACCUUACUCUUGCGCCCGGACUUGCAAGUGACAAGACGCAGUGUGCUUGCACUUGACACCCCUGCCGAGCGCACGAGUACAUGCAGUGUCAGCUUAGGGGAGGAUAGCGAGUCUGGGUGGGCGUCUUUGGCAUUAGCGUGCGAUCGGCUCACGGGAAGGGGCUUCGCUGCUAGCGCAAAAUGA